AUGCAAACCUACCUGGAUGACCAGGGCCACAUGACGGAGCAGGAGGCCCAACGCCUCUUCCGGCAGCUCCUUUUGGCCCUGAACCACUGCCACGAGCAGGGCAUCGUGCACCAGGACCUGAAACCAAGCAACUUGCUCCUUGAUGCAGACCACAAUGUGAAGACUGCAGACUUUGGUCUGAGCUACUAUUACCGCCCUGAAGAGAGGCUACAUACAUUGUGUGACAACCCUGCCUUUGCAGCCCCUGAGAUCUUCCAGGGGUGCAUGUACCUAGGCCCACCCAUGGAUGUGUGGAGCUUUGGCUUCGUCCUGUACAUCAUGGUGACUGGGUUCGAACCCUUCCAAGGAUGA